GUAUCAUAUGUCAAUAGCCAGCGAGCGGAGCAGCUGUGCCUUGUAACAGAGUCGAAUUACACACCUAAAUAUGUAUGGCGAUGCAUCGCGAUUAGCGCGCGCGCAGCAGAGGCGAAAGGCGGGGGUCAAGCAUGUGCCUGCUGAGGUCAAGUGGGAACGUGUACCACGCCGUAGCUUCUCUGGCACAUUUGAUAACUUAAUGUUGACUUUGAAAGUAGUACCUGGAGCUGAUGGCCUCAAUGCUGUCGUUGUGGGCUGGAAAACACCAAUAGAUGACCAUGACGCGGCCGCUGGAUCUUGUGAGAAGCAGAUGCUCGAAGUUGAUUGCCUUAGAAAGGAAUUUGUUGCAAAGAAUCGGACAUUCAAGAACUGGGAGACUGCGUGGCUACUGAUGAAUGACAGACCAGAAGAGUUGGAAGAAUAUCUAGAGCUGCGACCCAAAAUUGCAAACUUUCGGGAACGCGUCGCAUUGAUGAAAAAAACCGAAGAGAAAGUUGAAGCAGAGCAGCAGUGGCGAAGAUAUCAUGAGCUCAAGCUGCGCUGCGAGCGUCUUCUCGAGGCCCGCGAAGUGCUGAGAGAUGUAAAAAGAAUCAAAGAUUGUUCAUUUCAAGACAUGAAGCAAGCUGAUCAGCACUUAGAAAAGUUGUUCGAGCUAGAACGUGAAACAGCAGAAAGAAUCAGUGAGGACCACGUCCUUGCAGAUCAGCAAGGCUGUAGCAUAUCAGAAUUGUUUCCUGCUGUGCAAGCCGGUAUGAUUAUUACAGAAGUUAAUGGUAUCAUGACUGAGAAUCUACCAUGGGUUGAGGUUCAUCAGCUUAUCCAAGAUGCUCACCAUCCACAUAUGCUUCAAUUUCGACGUUAUGACUUCAGACUUAACUCGGUCUCCAGUAAAUGGGAAACGCUCCAGGCAGUCAGAGAACGUGCGCAGUACAUCGGAGAUCCAAGGGUUGGUCGUGAACUGUUCUUACAAGCCUGCCGUGCAGGGACAGAGGAUGUAGUUGCCCAAUACCUCAGAGAAGGUCAGGAAGUAGAUGCCCGGGACACAACACAGUGUACUGGAUUACAUUACUCUGCUUCAAAUAGUCAUCUUGGUGUUAUCAAGAUCCUCAUUGAAGCCAAAGCCACACUCGAAGUGCGUGAUGCCAACUGGGAAACACCCCUAGUCACUACUUGUCGUCGUGGGGAAUGUGAGGGUGCAACCAUGCUUAUUGCGAAUGGUGCUAGGUGUGAUGUUCGAGAUAGAGCUGGUCGUUCAGCUUUUAUCCAUGGCAUCCUUAGUGGGUCAGUUGCUAUGGUCGUUCUACUGUUACAAUUAAUUGAUGAAGACACCAUGCGAUGGCAGCCGGAUAAAAUCUGGAAGUGGACGCCAUUGCACUAUGCUGUCUCAGCUAAACUUCCGUCUAUUGUUGAUGUUCUUCUCAAACAUCAUGCAUCACCCUAUGCCCUGAGCGCCGACGGGAAGACUCCUAUUGUUCUUGCACAGGGCGAGCUGCACGAGGUACAGACUUUGAUUCAACAAUUCAUUUCAAACGAACCAGCACAGUGUGUUUUACCCGGUGGGCUUGAUCGCGGUGCGUUGUGGCUUGGCUCAAGAGAAGCCGCAUAUCCGCAAUUUGCAACAGACCGAGGCUUUACAUCUGUUCUAUCUAUUUUUGAUCGAGGUUUGGUUCUCCGUCUGUUGGAACAAAAUCAUCCUUUAAACUACAGGUCAAAAGGACCCAAAGAUUCGCUGGCUAUCGGACCCUGGGGAGAACAAAGCCAUUGUACAAUGUGAGAUCAUGAUAAACAUGCCAGAGACUACGGAGGAUGCAGCAGCAUGGUACACUCUUACUGGAUUACUAAAAACGUGUACAGAAUUUAUUCACAAAGCUAUCGAGUCAAGUCCCAUCAUUAUCUCAUCCCCAGCCUCAAUACAGUCCACCUUAACAUCACCUCACUCGUAGGCGCAAGGAGACUUUAUUAGUGCACUGUGACCUUGGAAUUCACACAUCGUUCUGCAUUGUCCUUGCUUAUAUGAUGACCAAGCGACGACUGAGACUACGAGAAUCAGUUCUGCAUCUACAAAAAAUCAGACGACAGC